AUCCGGCAAUGACAAAUUACAUAAACGUCUUUUACGUCACGUCAGUUGUGUAUUGAAUUGUUAUUUUCACUUUAUCUGGUUAUAACUUUUGAUAUACGUUUACUUACAAUGCUUAAAAAGAUUGCGAGCAAAUCCUUAAAUCAUAUGCAGAAUAAAGAAUGUGAUAUUCAAUGUUUAAUUUGCAAAAAAUAUUCUAAUACAAUUCUUUAUGUUUGUGAAUCUGGGCAUUUUCUGUGCAAAAACUGUAGCAGCGUAGGACAUGAUGAGCCUGUCCAAGAAAGAUCUAGAAAGAAUAUACAACUACAUAGACAAGUCAAUGCGUCUUUAAAUGUAUUUAACAAGACAAAUAAGAGUUUAAAGGACCAUGACUUGGCUAGUGGUGACAAUGAAAAAAUAGAUAAGAAUUGUAAGACUCAGAAACAAGAAAAAGACGAUCAAGAAGCAGGCAAUACAGAUGAUUCAAAAUUUAAACAAAUUAAUACAAACUACAAUGAUGCCACUGAUAAAACUAUAAUUAAAUACAAAAAUAAUAACUUUAACGGAAGUACUUCAAGCAUAGAUUCGACAUCAAUUUACAAGAAUGAAACAAUUUACAAAGGAUUAGAAAAUAAUGUAACCAUAGCUCGGCCUGUUAAAUGUCCAGUAACAACAUGUAGUAAAAUGAUAGCUGUUGACUCAACAAUGCAACAUUUUUACUUCGACCAUUCCAAAGUUGCAAAUAUAACAUUGAAACCAAGAAAAACACAGAGAAUAAUUCAGAAAUCUUGUACCUUUACAAAAGAUACUCAAUGUAUUUGUACUUUUAAACAUCAAAAUAUUUCUGGUGCUGAGUAUCAUCUGCUUUUAAUGUGCGCAACAAAAUAUAUGAACGUUAAGAAAACUACAGAUGAAAUUAACAUUUCAAUUACCAAAAAAUAUAACGACACACAAGGAAAAUCGAAAAUCUUUGAGAGCGAUGAAAUUCUUCUGCUAUGGCUUUGUAAAAUAGACAAUAAUGCUCAUUCGUAUAAAAUAGCCCUUUCUACAAAAGAUAAGCUUUUAAGCUACAGCUUUGCUGGAGUACCAAUUAAUAUCAGAGAUAGCCAGGACGCCGACACUGUCUAUGAUAAAUCAAAUUGCCUUAUCGUAAGAGGAGUUGCCGCAAAUAGAUUGUUGGACAAUCACAAUCAAUUUAAUAUAUUCGUAUCCAUUGUAUGAUUUAAUUAAAUAAAACACUUAAAUAAUAA